UGCAGUCUCUCUCCAUUUCUCAGGAAAGAGCCACUUCUUGCUUUACAGCGCAACCAUGACCAGUUUUAUGACCUCAGGUUUUUCUAUCAGCGGAGGCUCCUCUCGGGGCCCUGCUACUGGUGGAUCCUCUCGGUUUUCCACAACAAGCAGUGGCACUGGUCAACGCUUGAUGACUGGACGUGCCCCAAGCAUGUAUGGUGGUUCUGGAGGAUCCAGAGUGCACAUCUCCACUGUGUCCAGUUCCAUGCAUGGUGGUGGAGGUGCUGCAGGUCUAGGUUUUGGUGGUGGAGCAGGUUUUGGCAGUGGAGCAGGUUUUGGUGGUGGAGCAGGCUUUGGCUUUGGAGCCGGUGGAGGAGCUGGUGGAGGAGCUGGGUUUGGCUUGGGUGGGGGUUUUGGUGGGGGUUUUGGUGGUGACGAUUUGGGAGCUGUGACAGCCAAUGAAAAGGCCACCAUGCAGAACCUGAAUGAUCGUCUGGCAUCCUACCUGGAAAAGGUACGCACCCUGGAGAAGGCCAAUGCUGACUUGGAACUGAAGAUCAGACAGUUUGUGGAGAAUAAGACCUCCCCUACUGCCCGAGACUACUCUGCUUAUGAGGCCACCAUAAAGGACCUGCAAGAUAAGAUACAGGAUGCAACCAGAGAAAAUGGAGGCAUCUACCUGAACAUUGAUAAUGCUAAACUGGCAGCCGAUGACUUCAGAACCAAGUAUGAGAAUGAGUUGGCAAUGCGUCAGUCGGUGGAGGCAGACAUAGCAGGGCUUAGGAGACUCCUGGAUGAGCUGACACUGACCAGAUCUGACCUGGAGAUGCGGAUCGAAGGCCUUAAGGACGAGUUGAUCUUCCUCAAGAAAAACCACGAGGAGGAACUGGAAGCAAUGCGUAAUACCAUGUCAGGUAGUGUGAAUGUGGAAGUGGAUGCAGCACCUGGGGAAGACCUGAACCGUGUCCUGGCUGAGAUCCGUGAACAGUAUGAAGCUGUGGCUGCCAAGAACCAGCGUGAACUCGCGAACUGGUUCCAGUCUAAGAGCGAUAAUCUGAACAAGGAGGUGGCUGCCAGCUCAGAGAAUCUAGAAACAUCCAAGUCAGAAGUCAAUGAGAUCAGACGCACUUGCCAAGGCCUGGAGAUUGAGCUACAAUCCCAACUGAGCAUGAAAGCAUCUCUGGAGGGCACUCUAGCAGAUACAGAAAACCGUUACUCCAUGAAUCUAGCCAGACUGCAAACUCAGGUAACAGGAUUGGAGCAGCAGCUGGUGGAGCUCCGAGCUGAUAUAGAGAGACAAUCUCAGGCCUACAAGCUUCUGCUGGAUGUCAAGGCCCGGCUGGAGAUGGAGAUCGCUGAGUACAGGAGGCUGCUGGAUGGAGAGGUUGACAGUGCCCCAAAAAAAAUCACUAAAAACCUGGCGGUGAAGACCAUUGUGGAAGAGAUGGUUGAUGGGAAAGUGGUGUCCUCCAAAACUAGUUAAAUCCACUGUGGCUUCAUUCAACACCAUGACUUCAACACCAUGACACCACGACUAAUUUCAACCAAAAUACAGCAAGAGUUGCAUGUGAAAUGAUCUGCACUAAAAUGAGAAAAUAAAACGACUCACUGA